GUCAAGUGUCUAGCUGGUAUACACACAUGGCAUGCAAGGGUCAGAUGCACACACAGCAAGACACGACCUACUUCAUUCUGACCUACUGUAGGUCAUUUUCCAGCGCAUUGUCGAGCGGAUCCUUGAAGUCGCCAAGUCCGGCGUAGAACAGAGUGAGGAUGGCCCUUUCAAAGGUGCCAAAGUGGUCGUGGUCGUAUGAGAGUGACAUGAAGGCCGCCGCAAAGGACAUCAGAAUGAACAGGUAGAUGACGAUGAACUUGCUGACAGGAGGAUGACACAGCCAAAGGAGAAAUGCACAUUCCUUCACUCUAUGUCAACUUGCCUGAUGUCCGAUUGGAGCAUCUUGAUGGUGGCCCUGAGAGUGGAAAGGAACCAAGACACAGGAUUGAAGCCCUCUCUUUGUCCAUGGCCUGUGUUGCUUGCUUACAGGAUGAGAGGCCCCACUUCCCGAUGCGGAGUGCUUUUCAUUGGAACGCACGAUUGCCAGCUCAACGGGCGUCAAUCCGUGCUGACAGAAAGGGAGGCUUCGAGUGUGUUGGCUUGUCACGCUGACCUUGUUCUUGAUAUCCAGCUGUUCGAGUCCGCCCACGUCGAUGAUUCUGUCCGACACGGACAAGGUGUUGGCCAAUACGGACAUGUGCAACAAGAUGUUGCCGUCCUGCAGCACCACACAGACAUCGCACAAAGUGAGUUCCCUUCACACCCGCACAGACAACAAGCCACGUGUGUUACCUUGUUGGACACUUGGAGGGCAUCUGAUCGUGCCGCAGAGAUGAGCUUCAGAGAUAUCAGGUUGAAGUUGCACAUGUGCAGGGGGGUAUUUUGGUCCUGAUCACCACACACCACCCAGAUGUGUUGUCUUGGCAGAGAUCAUACAGAUGUUCCAGGCAACAGGUUGCUCACAGUGUUGCGAUGUGAGAGGGCCUCUCGCCAAAUGGGGCACUCGGACAACAGCGGCAGAAUGGGCUCCAGCAACCCAGCCUUGGCGAGCAGGUGCAGCGCAUUGCACUUGUCCUGAACACAGGGAGGAAAAAAGACGGCGAGAAGUGACCUCCAUCAGUGGGCCAGUGUUCGUCAAUUGCCUUGUCAAGUGUUUCCUCGGGGGAGAAAGAGGUGAGAUACGUCCUGAGCAUCGUCGAGUCCCCCUGACGGGCUGCACAGCCACACAGACAGGGCGAGGCCUUAUCUGCCGCAAAUGUCCUGACCUGCCGCCACGAUGCGUUCCGAAGGCGAGACCGUGGCACUUCCGGACGGUGUCCGGGGCGCCGUGACAGGAGACCCCGUGCCUGCCUCCUUGCCUCCAGCAGAUCCAUGCACACCGACAUCUACCUUGAAGCCCCUCCGUCUUGGGGCAUCCUCCAGAGAGAAUUCAGAACAAUUGCGAUGACGGCAAGAAGAGCGCGACGGGCGCUGACCUCUUCGCGGUCUCCUUGGUCGCUCAACAGGGGCAAGGUGCCCGAAUCCAACUGAGAUUGCGAUACCUUCAUCUUGCGGCAAC